AUGUUCAAGAUGUGCAAGUCUACGUUAUUUUCCUGUAAUUCUACCAAGGACCUGAUGGAGGAACAGGACGAGCAAUCCUCCUUGGCCUGUACAUCACAACUGCAGCAGUGGCACAAUGAGGGCGGAGGAAAGAACAUUGCACCACAGCCAGUGAUGGAAGUGGAAGUUACAAAAACAAAGGAUGCAGAAUUCAGAUUACGUUCUGGCAUCAAAUCUCUUGUAUAUGAUGCCAGGAUGAAAACCACACAUAAUGUAGCUGCAGAGCAGAAACUAAAGGAGCAGCUGAAACAAAUUGACCCUAAUAUAGGUCUGUCUCAUAUGGCUAGUGAACAGAUUGAUCAGUCGCAUACUAGACUUGUAGAAACAAAAUUUCGCAAAUGUCAAGUUGGUUGUUUCUGGUCAUACCAAGUUUCCCUGACA